AUGGACUCCAUCCUUGAUCAAAUUCGUGAUUUGUCUCAAAGGUCCGACGAAGCAGGCCAGCUUCGGAUACAGAAGGCUCUUCGGGACAUCCAAACAGAGCUACAGAGUCCGAAAGAUCUUCUCAUGGACCUCGCAAACUCAUUUGUUCUCAUUGGGACAAUUCGUCUGGGGGCCGAUCUGGGGCUGUUCCGUCAUUUUGCCUCCCAGAAAGAGCCCUUGACCGUUUCCCAGCUCGCAGACCUUACUGGAGCAUCUCCGCAGCUUCUAGAGAGAUUCCUUCGUUACUUGGCUUCCACCAACAUCAUAAAGGAAGUUGCUGCCAACCAAUAUCAAGCAAACACUACCACAUUCGUUCUUGCUGAUCCUAAAGGUGAUGCCAUGAUUUACCAUGGAUUCGAUAAUCAUGCGCCUACCGUUAUGGCGAUGCCGGCCUUCUUUGCUGAAAAUAACUACCAGGACAUUGAUAGUGUUCUAAAAACACCAUUUCAAAAAGCUCACAACACAACUCUGAGCUCUUUUGAAUGGUAUGUCAAGAACCCAGAGCAUUUUGAAAAUUUGCAAAAAGUCAUGACGUCCCUGGAGGGUGUGGAAUGGACUGUUGGGUUUAAUCAUUUCGAGUCAGAGGCUAAAAAGAUACCUUCUUCGCUUCCUGUUUCUUCCGAAAAGCCCUUCUUUGUGGACGUCGGAGGUGGCCAUGGUCAUCAGUGCAUUCAGCUAGGCAAGAAGUAUCCCAAUCUCCUGGGGCGUCUUGUCCUUCAAGAUUUGCCUGCUGCAGUCAAUAAGCUUGCUCCAAUCGAAGGUGUCAAAGCUGUAGCCCAUGACUUUUUUGAAGAACAGCCUAUCACUGAUGCCAAAUUCUACUACCUGCGUCGCAUCAUGCAUGACUGGCCGGAUAGAGAAUGCUCAAAUAUUCUGCGAAAUAUUGCCAGUGCCAUGAGUGCUGAAUCUCGAAUUCUUAUCGACGAGGUCGUUUUGCCGGAUACUGGUGCCCACUGGCAGGCUACCAUGGCCGAUAUCACUAUGAUGAUCGGGCUCGGUGGGAAAGAGCGGACCGCGCAGCAAUGGCAGGCAUUGGCUGAUCUUUCUGGUCUUCAGAUUGAACUUAUCCAUACUUAUACUGCCUCCACCUAUACAUCAGUCAUUGUAAUGGCGUUAAAAUAG